AUGUUUGGUGUUGAUGGCCACUGUCUAAAUUGGUGGAAGAGAAGGAAAAAGGGUCAAGCAGCUCCGAUCGUAAAGAAGCGGGAUGAGAAUCCGCUUCAAAAAGGAAAACUGGAAUCCCAAAAGAGUAAAGAAGCCAUGGCUUGCACCAUCGAUUACGGCUAUUGUUAUGAAGGCAUCGACGGAAAGAACUACAAGUGGAAGCAGGAGGCUGAUUAUACAGCUGUCAUUGUGUUUAUUAUGGAGAUCGACUCUUUCUUGCUCCCACCGGCGUUGAUGAACCUCAGCUGA